UAUCGUUAAAUUGUUGUAAGUGGCUGUGGUUUCAUUUCCCACAUUCAAAUGAUUUCUCUGCCAAGUCUCUCAUUUCUCAACAAGCCACCAGUAUCGCUGCCACCCACAUCUUCAUCCAGUAAAACUAAUGCACUCACAAUUAUAUCUCAAUCGCUAGUACACAGUGAUGAUGCUUGUAAGAAAAGAAGAGCACACCCAUCUUCUUUUCUAUCUUGUGUUGUUCAUGCAGCGGAGAAAGAUUCACAACAUUUUGAUGUAGACCCAGAUAAGGCCAGAGAAGCCCUCCAAGAGCUUGACCAGCAGCUCCAAUCCCUCGCCCAGAAAAAAAUCAGCACUCCCAAGAUAAGGGCUUCAGAUGUGGAUCUUACGAAGGAUAACAUGACAGAAGAAGAAUUUUCGGAUUCCUUUCUAAAAAAUUUAGCAGUUGCUCUCGUACUCUUCACCAUUUUCUACAAUAUACUUUUUGAAACUGUAAUCAAACGAGCCAUAGAUAUUCCACUACCAGUUCCAGCUACUACUGCAGUAACAGAAGCAUCUUCCCAAGGCCAAACAAGUAACUAAAAACAUCAUUGGUGGCAGUCUUGCAUCGGCUUCCACUUGAAAUGAUCAGUACCAGAGGUUUCCAUUCAGCCAUGCAGUUUUGAUUUCCAGGAAGCAAUACUCAGAAUUAAGCAAGCUUUUGUUGAUUUGCUGGAGGUACUUAAACUUCGGCAAGAGGCUCCGUUUCGUUUGAUAAUACUUUUUGGAUGGUGCUUUUUGUAUUUUGAAAAAUUAUUAUGACGGGACAUAAAGGUAAAAGCGAUUUUGAUGUGUUUUAUGUUUUA